AUGGUGCUUCUGUGGUUGUUUUUCAACCCACUUUAUGCUGGUAUUUGGUCAUUAAGGCAUGUUCAUAUACCAAAACGACUGGUUCCGAAAUUGCCGAAGGACCGGCUGAUGACGGAAGACGAGUGGCGUGCCCUCGGCAUCCAACAGUCAGUCGGAUGGGAGCAUUAUAUGGUUCAUGAGCCUGAGCCGCAUGUUAUCCUAUUUCGACGUCCGCGUACCGACAUUCCUGCUGAUGCCGCCCCUGCGACAACUAUUUCCAACCGAGAUGUUAACCAAAAAGUGCAGCAGCAAGGUUGA